AUGGCUGAAGAAGAUGGAUGGGAUUGGGAAGAUGAUGACGCACAGCCUCGGGCUACUGUCCCGCCUGCGACUGCAGCGGCUGCCCCUGCGCUCGCGCCAACAGCAGCACCAGCACCGGCCGCUGCGCCCGAUUUGCAGCCGAAUGUGCAGAACAAGGGGGCUCCUCAGCCGUUCAAACCCGCACCCCAGGCAUCCCAUGCAUCACAGCAGCAGGACCAGCAGCAAAGCUCUCUGAGUCAGCAGCAGGGACUGCCAGCGGGCGAGGCGCCUGCUCAAGCUCAGCUAGCGCCACUGCGGCAGGACCCCAUGGCGCAGGAGUCGCAGCAGCAGCGGCAGCAGCAGCAGCAGCAGCAGCAGCAGCAGCAGCAGCAGCCUCCUGCGCCUAUGGUGCAAUCGACGACCUCGGCCGGGGCCGCCAGCGGCGCUGCCGGCUGGGGCCUGGGCAGCGGCUGGGGCCUGGGCAGCGGCCUCGCCUCGAUCGGCAGCAAGCUGCACAGCGCCGCGCUCGCCGCCGCCAAGGAGGCCAGGGAGGUCGCAGGGACGCUGCAGCAGGGGCUGGCGGAGGCCACGGCGGACGGCGAGUCCGAGGCCGAGCGGCUGUCGCGCUAUCAGGCGCCCCGCGAGGACGGCGGGGACCCAGGGGCGGGGGCGGCGCCGGGCAGCGCCGCGGCGGCGGCGGCGGCGGCGGCGCCGGGCGCCGUGCGGGCGGGGCGAGGGCCUGUCGUCAUGGCCAAGCGCGAGGACGACGAGGGCGGUGCAGCCGGCAACGGCGAAGCAGGCGGGGAUGACGACCGCAGCAUCACUGCUGGACUGCGG